CAGCUUGAGAGUGACUCUCCCAGGAUUCCUUUAGUUAACCCCAGAGACAAAGCUGGCAGCCCCAACCACCGGGAGAGCUCGGUCUAGUCCCGUACUAGAUAGUGUCAACCCUGUGUCACUUCUCCUCAGGAGUGUGGUGAGCACCAGCAGCAGCAGCGGGACGGGCACUCCAGAGAGCACGAUGAUGGACGCCCAGAGGGCCUUCAAGGUGGACAAGCCAAAGAGGAGUGCCUCCUUCAAAAGCGAAAUCUAUGGGAGUUUCAAAAGCGAAACCCACGGGAGUUUCAAACGGGAAUAUCAAGGGAGUUUCAAGAAAGAUUACUGUGGGAGCUCCAGGAAGAGUUCCCCAGGCAGUUACAAGUUGGAAAGCUCGAAGAGGAGCAUAUCUGGCGGAAGCUUCAAACUGGAAAGUUCAAAGAAGAGCCCCUCCGACAGCUCCAAAAAUGCUUCCGGAAGCUUCAAAUUAGAAAAUCCAAAGAGCCCCUCCAAGAACUUCAAGAGCCCAUCGGGAAGCUUCAAGUUGGACAUCCCAGGAAGAAUGGAGAUCUCCAGUAUCCUGAACAAGGAUUCACCGGGAAGUUUCAGAAGAGAAAUACCGAAUGCCUUCAGGAGGGAAUCCCCAGGGAGCUUCAAGCUGGAGAUCCCAGGAAGUGUGAGGAGAAACUCAUGUGGGACGUUCAUGACGGAUUCUCCAGUUAUUUACAAGAGGGACUCGCCAGGAAGCUUCAAACUGGACAUACCUGGAGGCACGCGCAAGGGCUCUUGCGGGAACCUAACGAGGGAGACUAUCGGUAUUUUCAGGAGGGAGUCAUCAGGCAGCUUCAAACUAGAGAUGCAAGGAAGUAUGAGGAAGGACUCCACGGGAAGCUGCAAGCUCCACACGCCACAGAGGAGCCCCUCUGGAAGCUACAAAAGCCCUUCUGGGAGCUUCAAGAGCCCAUCGGGGAGUUUCAAGAGGGAGUCUCCUGGGAGCUUCAAGCAAGACACAACAAAGAAAAGCCCAUCUGGGAGCUUCAAAUGGGAACCUCUUGGAAGCUUCAAGUUAGAUACCCCGAAGAAGAGCCAUCCCGAGAACUUCAGGAGAGACUAUCCAGGGAGUUUCAAACUGGAGACACCAAAGAAAAGCCCAUCUGGGUGCUUCAAGAGAGAAUACCCAGGAAGCUUCAAGCUGGAAACCCCAAAGAAAAGCCCCUCCGAGAACUUCAAAAACGUUUCUGGGAGCUUCAAGCUGCAAACCCCUCAAAGAAGCCCAUCAGGAAACGGCAAGACGGAGACUUCCAAGAAGAGUCCCUCAGGGAGCUUCCAGAGCCCAUCCGGAAGCUUCAAGAGUCCUUCUGGCAGCUACAAACUAGAGACACAAAACAAGAGUCCUUCCGGGAGCUUCAAAAAGGAAUCCCCAGAAACAUUAAAACUAGAUACACCAGGGAACGCGAGGAAAGGCUCAUCAGGAAGCUGCAAACUGGACAUGCCAGGGGUCACGAGGAAAGGCUCCUCGGGGAGCUUCAAACUGGACAUGCCAGGGGAUACGAGGAAGGGCUCGUCGGGGAGCUUCAAACUGGACAUGCCAGGGGACACGAGGAAAGGCUUGUCGGGGAGCUUCAAGAGAGAGUCGCAGAGAAGCAUAAAGCUGGACGCUCCAGGAGCCGCCGUUAUGAUGUACUCUCCGGGCAGCAAGAGAAGAGACAUUCUCGGCAACUUCAAGAUAGACUCAUCAACAGAAGGAGCACUGGUAGUGACGCAGAUGUGUUCACCCUUGCAUCGACCAGGUUCUAACAAGCCAGACAAGCUCAGAAUAGUUUGUCCUCUGGAUUCAAAAAUUCGGAUAGAACUCAAGAUGGACUGAAUGCAAAAGCGUUCCUUCUUCCAUUCGCUCUCGUGCGUAAUAGUUUGGAGAACUUUGAAAUUACUAAUGGUGCAAGAGGGAAAUUGGGGUUUCGGCAAUCCGCUCACUGAAUUAAAAGUUUAUCAGACUUUCGGGAUAAAGUCAUUACCAUUCGAGUCAUGUGUGCGUGUGGAGCUCAGAGUAACUUAAGCUGAAAAUCUCGUGACUGAGUUGUGAACGGAGACCACGCAGAUGAUGAGACUGUCAGUGGUUGUGUGUGUGUGUGUGUGUGUGUGUGUGUGUGUACUCACCUAAUUGUGGUUGCAGGGGUCGAGACUCAGCUCCUGGCCCCGCCUCGUCACUGAGUGGUACUAGGUCCUCUCUCUCCCUGCUUCAUGAGCUUUAUCAUACCUCAUCUUAAGGCUAUGUAUGGUUCCUGCCUCCUCUACCUCACUUGCUAGGUUAUUCCACUCCUGACUAUGCUAUGGCUGAAGAAGUACUUCCUAACAUCCCUUUGACUGAUCUGGGUCUUCAACUUCCAAUUGUGAUCCCUUGUUUCUGUGUCCCAUCUCUGGAACAUCCUGUCUCUGUCCACCUUGUCUAUUCACGCAGCAUUUUGUAUGUUGUUAUCAAGUCUCCCCUAAUCCUCCUGUCCUCCAGUGUCGUCAGGCCGAUUUCCCUUAACCUUUCUUCGUAAGACAUUCCCCUUAGCUCUGGAACUAGCCUUGCGUGUGUGUGUGUGUGUGUGUGUGUGUGUGUGUGUGUGUGUGUGUAAGUGGGGAAGUAAAUUUUCCAUAGAAGACUUCAGAUGCUCUGGGAUCAAAGAAAUGCUAUAGAAUUUGUGUUUUGUAUGAAGCUCCAACGAGAAAAUAUUUUAAGUCGGAAAGCUCUUGCUAUUUCCUCUCACGAGCAGAUUUGAAAACAUCACUUACUGUCGCUGUCAGGUGUUGGCUAGCAAGUUCUAUCGACCUGGCUGUCAGGUGUUGGCUAGCAUGCUCUAUCGAACUGGCUGCCAGGUGUUGGCUAGCAUGCUCUGUCAACAUGGCUGUCAGGUGUUGGUUAGUGUUGCCUGCCGACCAGUUUGUUGCAAGUGAUGAAUUUGCUUGUGUGAGAAGUGUCCUGGGGUAUCGUAAAUUUUCUCUCAGUUCGUUUCAGUGGUAAUUGACGACAGUUUAACGCAAAUAUGUGACGCAAACUGAAUAUUUAAUGCAGAUAUGUGACGCACAGUUCCGCAGACUCGCCUCUUUAUGAGCUUAAUUUACCUGGAGAAUACCUGGAGAGGGUUUCGGGAAUCAACGCCCCCGCGGCCCGGUCUAUGACCAGGCCUCGAAUAAUUUCAGUGAAAAGGAAAAAUAAAUAUAUUAUCAAAAUAUAAGAGUGAACCUUGUGCUAAGUGGCAUUCAUUACAAAGCUUAUGUUUUUCCCAGCUUUGUCAAUGAUGCAGACUAGUGUACAAAACUAACUACUGCUGCGUGUGACUUUUUUUGUGUGGAUCUGCAAGCUUUUAUUUUUGUCGGAAAAAGUGCGAAAAUAAAAGUCUUACUAUUUACAUUAACCUCAUACACGAUUCCAACACCCGUUGAUAUACGACUUAAUUAAAUGUUGUAUCUCUGGUACUUAAAUUAUAUGUUCUGAUUUAUAUCCCCGGUGGAAAUCUGCAAGGAGGUGAGAUUUGGAUUUUUUGCAUUACCAGUACGUAUACUUGUCAAUAUACACCCCCUUGCCUUGUAUUGUCCAGUUCGCUGGGUCUAAGAGUGGGCGAGAGUGACUUCUGCCUCGGAGACUAUCUGGUCUCGCAAAUUAUCUCGCUGUGGACGUAACUCUAUGUUAACUUCUACCCCCCCCCCUCCCAUCCCGGCUGUCUAUCCUCCCAGAGGAGGGCAAUGAACUAAAGACGAACUUGGGAGGAGAGGCGGUGCCUAUCAGUCGAGAGUGAGGACACAACCUUGCCGACCGUGCCACUAGUCCCUAUAUACCAUGUUUUAAUGGAACUUGUAUAAUAUUGGUUUAGAAAUAUAUUUGUAACUUUUAUAUCCAUGUGUCUUUUUUUUAAUUAGUGAGCUCUCUAACAAGUGAUGGUGGUCUCGGACGUCUCUAGACGCCUACUUAAUGCACCGCUAAGUCGACAUUUCUGGCAAGCGAUUAAACUCUUAACGUCACUUAAACCAACUUUUACCAUUCCCAAAGUUAAAUAAUUUAAGUCACCAUUCGGACUCACACUGCUCGAGUUAUUCUAAAUCUCUGAGGGAACCGAAUUCUCUUGGUGAGAGAGGAAGACUGUUAAUCCAAAUAUCCUUGAGUAUAGAGCUGUAGGAUUAUAGAAAUGGGAUUCGCAGAGCAGGAUUUCAGGUUACAAUUCUCGAAUCAGGCUACCAAAACUUUUGAUUACUAAUGCUGAAUUCUAAAAGUUAGAUUGAAAAACCUGUACUCCAGUUGUCGGACUCCAAAAGUUGGACUUUGAAAACUGGAAACAAAAGUCAAACUUCAGAGAUCAGAGUGCAGGCACUAGAGAGUAACACUUCAGAGAUCAGAGUGCAGACACUAGAGAGUAACACUUCAGAGAUCAGAGUGCAGACACUAGAGAGAAACACUUCAGAGAUCAGAGUGCAGACACUAGAGAGUAACACUUCA